AAUGUCUACAAACUGGUGUGUCAGCAAGGCAAAAUAGUCCCGCUACAGUAUGAUGAUGAUCUACUAUACUGCAGUUGCAGUGUCGAGGAACUGUACUGCUGCUGAGCACAUCAUUUUCAAAACCCACAACAUGAGGUUUUAUACCAAGAUACAAGGAUGAACGACCUUGCCAAUAACCAGGACGCUGAGAUGUUCAGAAGAGGUCAGGACAGCGUUCAUAAUGCUUCAUCAACACCAAUCUGACAGAUGAUCACUGAGUAUGGAGAAGAGAGCUUUUAAGAGGAGAGGAGAGAGCAUCUGUUGGCAAAAGCCUCCUGGCCCAUUCACAGCAGAUCACUUCUGAAGCCUGUUGAUCUUCAAGCUGCUGUCAUGGCAACCUCGUAUGACUGGCAGAAAACAGACCGCAGUCUCUGAGCUCCAGUCAACCCAGAUGCUUCAGAGCACGAACACACUCUUAUGGGCAGAUGAAGAGUUGUGAUAUCGAGACACCGGGGCAGACACAGACUGUGAGGACCAGGAUGGCGCAUCUGGCGUAUCAACCCCUGCUUCCCACUGGAAACAAGUAUCUGCAGCAGAAAUGGGACAAGGCUUCAUAUGGGUUACACAGGGAAAAGGUGAAGUCAGCUAAAGCAACAAUAAACACAGCUCCACCAAAGACCUACGCUCACCUGACUCUCAAGCUGAAGACCCAAAAGCUUGAAGAGGAAUGGGCGAUGAAGAUUCAAAGGGAAAACAAUAUGCUUAUGGAGAAGAUAUCACACAUCAUGAGGACGACAGGAGGAGUUGACAACAAGAACUUUUACGACAGAAAAAGCCUUGGCAAGGAGAAGCGACAGCUGGAGCUGCUGCGUAUCACCAAGGAGAAUCAAAUGAUCCUGUUGCAUCUGAGCCAGUGCAGGUCUCACUAUGACGUGAGGAGGUGGCACGAGGACUGGGUCAGAACUCUGAAGGUGAUGGACAGCAUUGCACGUUACCCACGAGGAACUGCCAAUCUGCAAAAGGGACAGGAAAAACCCACCAAGAGGUGCAGUGAUUGUAGUAAAGAGCAGAAGAUCGGCCCUGCAAGCAACAAGGCCAGUGGCAAAGCAGAGUCUGAGGAAGAUGAGAAGAGGAAGGAAAACAGCAAGAAAGAAAGCACAGGAACAAAGAUACAGCAAGACACAGCGACAUACUCUGAGCCAACAACAUCUGACACCACUCAGAUGACAGCAGAUAAACCCCCUCACACUGCUGAAACAUCGUCCUCUCCUGAAGGAUCUGAGUCGUCCAACCCUACUCACACACCUUAAACACUUGAGCAGGAGACUGCAAGUCCUGUAGGGGGAUGAAAUGUCUUGUCUUUUGGCAAACUUGUAUUUUUUUUUUUUGCUCACUAAAGACAGUAUGUUAGUUUUGAAAAAGAAAGUGUUAGCUCCGACAUCGGUGGACGCAGAUAUUGUAUGGGACUUGUAUGAUAUUUGGUACUGGAUUAGUCCUAAAUAAAGCAGUAAUAUUACUCUGUAUCGGCUGUGUACUGAGAUAGAUUCAAAUAAAAACUAUAUUUCUGUGGUCAAUGUAAUAUUCACAAACACAAUGAUAACACUUUGUAAUUUGUUUCUUUGAU